UCUCUCUCUCUCUCUCUCUCUCUCUCUCUCUCUCUCUCUCUCUCUCUCUCUCCAUGGCAACUCUGCUUUUGGCACUUUGUUUUCUCAUUUUUACUACACCGGCCUCUCAAACUCAAAGUGAAGCAAAUGUGCAGUUGGUCCCGGCACUCUACGUCUUUGGCGACUCAACCAUUGACGGCGGAAACUUCCAUGUGCCAUUUCCGUAUGGAGUCGAUCUCACUGGACCUCUCCGUGGCACACCCAAUCGCUGUUGCAAUGGCCAAACAGUAGCUGAUUUCAUAGCCACGUUUUUGGGCCUUCCAAUCGUGCCGCCUUCUACCAAUGUGACCCAAGCUGGAACAUCCACAAAUGGUGUAAACUUUGGUUAUGCCGGGACAGGCAUAUUGAAGGAAACCGGAACGGUUGAUUGGGCAUUUGCAGAUCAAAUUAACAAGUUCAACUCAACUGUUGCCAACAACCUCGCAAAAAUGUUUGACGAACCACGGUUAACCCAACACCUAAAGGACUCCAUCUUUCUGGUUUCCUUUGGGAUCAAUGAUUACAAUGUCAAUCUCUUCUUCCCGACUAACAGUACACUAAGUACUUUAAGCCCUGAUGUAUUCUCUCAGUUCCUCCUUAAUGAACUAACGAACCGGCUCAAGACUUUGUACAGCUUUGGGGCUCGAAAGUUCUUCGUGAACAACAUUUGGCCAUUGGGGUGCAGCCCAAUGUUCAUGUUGAACCUUCCUGCUCCUCUAAUCAAUUGUUGCAAUGAGACGGUAAACCAGAUUGUACUUCCUUACAGCAACGCCCUUCCUCUAGUUUUGGACAAACUAGAGUCAAGUCUCCCGGGGUCCUUUUUCUCUUACUCCGACAAUUUCAAAUUUGUUAGGGAGUUGAAGGAAAAUGUGGGGAACUAUGGGAUAACUAAUACAACCGGGAAGUGUCUUAGCGGCUGGUUCAAUGGAACUUUGUGUGAGAACCGAGACGAAUAUUUGUAUUUCGACCCUCUACACACCACAGAGGCCGCAAAUAGGAUAUUUGCUCUGGAAUGCUUCAACGGAACCUUAUGUGGACCAAAAAACAUUUUCCAUCUUGCUGCAGCCUAGAACAUAUGCUGCGUGUAGGCUUCUAGGGUGGUUUCCUAAAUAAUUAUGUCAAGAACAAUUCUAAAUACUUAAUGGUCUGUAAUUUCAAUACACUUUUAAUGCUUCUGAAUAUUUAAUAGUUUGUGAGAGAUUGGGGUUAAUUACUUCUCUAUUAAACCAAGUGUGAUUGCGUA